AUGGCUUCACCAAACCUACUCACACUCGGUAUUUUCGCCCUGGCUGAUCUCGCCAUCGCAGCAUUUCCCGCCGUCUGCCCGGAUCCAGCCCUGUCCAGCUCCAACACGACCAAUGGUGUCUGCGUGCAAGACUUCAAGCUCAUAGGCGGCGCUCUCGAGGCGGUGCACGAGAGCGCGCGCGCCCCAACGGGCCUGGCACUCGACCUCGCGGAGAACAUCUACUUGACCUACCCGCGCAACUUUGAAAAUGGGACCAACACCGUGACCAUAGCGACAAGCUUCACAGGCGAGGAGCCUUGGCCGUCGGCGGAAAUCCAGAACUGCCAGCCUGGGCAGAACGUGUCGGAGUGCUUCAUCAACGUCCAGAACCUGGUGCUGGAUGCUCAUGACCAGCUGUGGGUCUUGGACAACGGCAUCCCGUACAAGAAGACUGCGCCUGCGGUUUCGGGGGGCGCGAAGAUCAUGCAGUUCGACGCGGUGUCGAGGGAGCUGGUCAAGACUUAUUUGUUCCCGGAUGACGUCCUUUCCAGUGGGACGAAUCUCAAUGACCUGCGUAUCAACAACACAGCCGGCACUGGUGGCUUUGCUUUCCUCACGGACGCGUCAGUGAACGGUGGACUCCUGGCUGUCGACCUUGCCACAGGAGGCGUUGUGAAGAGACUGGCUGGAGAUUUCAGUGUUAUGGCAGACCCGACAUAUGUGGGCUCGUACAAUGGAGAGCCAAUCUACUGCUGGAAUGGGACGACCAAGUCAUUCUGCACCACCUCGUCGGACGGAAUAGCCCUCCAAAACGGGCAACUCUACUGGGGCGUCCUGUCCUCCCGACGGUUCUACUAUAUACCCCAGGAGAUCCUGCAGAACUUUGAAGCCACGGACGACGAGGUCCUCGCCGCCGUCCAGGACCCCGGGCAGCUGGGCUCGGAGCAAGCCGGGUUCACGGCGGACGACCAGGGGCGGAUGUUCAUGCUGGCCAGCGAGCAAAACGCGAUUUACUACGUGCAGACGGACCAGUCGAGGAUCACCGAGGAGGUGAACGGGGUCCCUGCUGGUGGGUCGGGCCUCGUGGCCGCGAAGAAUUACUACGUCAAGACGCUGGUGAGGAACGGGCUGAUCCAACACGCUGACAGCGCUGCCAUCCUGAACGGGUAUCUGUACUUCUGCACGAACCAGUUGGAGCUGGGUCCGUCGAGGCAGUACAACAACACGGACAACAGGAAAGGCCCAUUCAGGUCGUACAGGUUGUUUAUCGAUGCGGGGCCGGCUGUUUAG